GCGAGCGAGAAAGAAAGAGAGAGAGAGAGGGAGAGGGAGAGAGAGAGCGGCGGUGCAUGCCUCAUGAAUGAGUCCCCCUCCACCGCGCCGCAGGUCGGACCCUUCAUCCGCCUGCACCCUGAUGCCCGUGUGGGUGCGCAGACUGGCGGGGAGCAGUCCAGCUGAUGAGCCCGGACGGUAAACACUUCCCGUCAGUACUGAGCUUACAUGACCGUCUCAUCCCAUCAGGAACAACGCGACAGGAUAAGCAACGAUGCUUGACGGACUCCGGCGGAGGCAUGCCUCCCGGCCAUCCCCCCGACCCCUGUCCCUCAACUUCAGCACCUUCUCCGCCCCUCCCCCGAGCCCGGACAUGGAUGGCAGCAGCGAGCAUCCAAUCAGGAGGACUCUGCACCGGCUGAAGUUGAUGAGCUCCCCCAGCCUCAGUGAGCUCGGGAAGAGUGAGAAAAGUUCACCAGAGGACAGAGGGGAGAAGCAGAAGAGGGCAGGAGCCAACGCCACCUGGAACAGCAUCCACAACGCUGUCAUAGCAGUCUUCCAGAAGAAAGGUUUGGCAGACAACGAACUCUACACCCUCAAUGAAGGUGUCCGACAUCUGUUGAAGACUGAGCUGGGGUCCUUCUUCACCGAAUACCUCCAGAACCAGUUGUUGACAAAAGGCAUGGUCAUCCUUCGGGACAAGAUAAGGUUCUAUGAAGGUCAGAAGUUACUCGACUCUCUGGCAGAGACGUGGGACUUCUUCUUCUGUGAUGUUCUCUCGAUGCUGCAGGCCAUCUUUCAUCCAGUUCAGGGCAAGGAGCCCUCUGUCCGACAGCUAGCUCUGCUUCACUUCAGAAACACCAUAGUCCUGAGUGUGAAGUUAGAGGACGCCCUGUCUCGACCUCGGGCCCGUGUGCCCCCCUCAGUCACACAGAUGCUGCUUAUUCUACAGGGGGUCCAUGAGUCACGUGGUGUGAAUGAGGACUACCUGAGGCUGGAGUCUCUGGUUCAGAAGGUGGUCUCACCGUACCUGGGCACCCACGGGCUUUACUCUGGAGACGGUGCAGAGGCCCACUGCUGUGUCCUGGAGAAGCGUUUACCGUGGGGCUGGCCCAAGCCUGCAGAUCAACCGUCUAAGAACCCUGUGGUACGAUCCAAGAGCUACAAUAUCCCUCUCCUGCUGACCCCGGUGGCUGAGUAUGACCCAGAUGCCAGCUCUGUGGGCAGUGGAGGAAUUAGACGCCACUCAGCCUGUGAGAUUAUAUCAUGCUUGGAGGAACAAGGACUGGCCUAUGCUGACCUGGCCCCAGGAUCUGAACUGUCUGGCCCCUCCUCCAACAGGCUUUGUGUGGGCUCUCAGUUCAAUGGUAUUGUACAAGCGGGAGCCAGUGCCAUGGACUUGCCUCUGUCGUCUCCCUCCAUCCUUCCCCUUCAUUCUUCAGGAGCUCUCCACGGCACCGAGGCCACAACAACAAUGACUGAUCUCAGCAAGGGUGCAUCCUCCACGCCGCCCAGCGAAUCAUCCAGCCCUGAAACCAUAAUUGGACAAGUGCUAGAGUCUGCAGACUCAGACUCAGAUGGGAUAUUUAUUGAUUUCCCUUCUCACUCGUCGGAGGCUAUGGGGUACAGCCGCGACAGCAGGCAGAGCACUGUGUAGCUGUGGUUGCCUUUAGGAUCGCACCCGGCCUCCCUUCACCCCACCCCACCCCCAUCAGUGUGUACAUUCAUAAUCUGGGACACGGAUUAAAGAAAUCUUAAAAGUACAUUUCAUUAAAUGGGUACCAUCCUCCUCUCUCACUGUAGUACGAUGAGUUUCCAUGACGACUCCAUUCCAAGGGCUUUCACUGGUGAGGGAAAACCUUGCAACUCUAACUUUUUAAAAACUGUGGAAAACACUCUUGACCAACAAAUACUGAAAAUGCUUUAAAGACAUAGUAACAGCCACACCAUUAUAUUAGCUGACAUGUUCUUUCAUCACCAUGAACAUGGGCACUGCAGUUAAUUUUAAGUCGAUGUACCACACGCCAACCUGCUGCUAUAAAAAUUUAAUUACACACAAAAUGUGUAUUAAUUCUUAAAAUAGUCUCUAAUAAAUGCAUUAAUUACUCAUAUUUGGUUUCAUUUCAUAAAAACUGCAGUGUCCAGUGCUUUCAGUAAAUUAUUUAGCCUAAAAAAAAAAAAGAACAAUAUACAUCUUCCACAGAAGCAGAUGGGUGUUGGGCUGAGAUCCACAGACAGGCUGGAUAAGUAGUGAGAGUCUAAUCAUGCACUCCGAGUUUUGGUCUUUGCUGGCAAUCACAAAAAUACAGAAUAUCACUGACAUUAUCCUGUAGCCUAUAGCAGGGCACAUACUGUAAUCGCUAAACUCACAAAAACUACCAAAAGUUACAAGGUUUUCACACAACAGCAUUUCCUUAUCUCUUCUGAGGAGAUGGUUUUUAAAGCUGCCAUUUAAAUGGAAGAUGAAAUUUAACAUAUUUAUCAUGGGUUUGUGUUGUAUUUGUGUAUUUAUAAUCUCACCAGAGUUUUUCAUUCUCUGUUUACGCUCUGUUGUCUGCCGACUGGCAGUAACACGGUAACGAGGUCUUCUGCUCUCACUUUUGUACGACAUCUUAUGAAAAUGUGGACUGUUAAAUAAUUUUUAUCGUCAGUGGCACUCAUAGACAUCUAAUGCAAAAUUCUCUUCUUAGAGCAAACAUCAGUGUGACAGCAUUUGCUUCUCUGUAUUAGCUUUGUACAGCAGGAGUUUGAGAAAUACGCCGAUGUUUAUUGUUUACAUUUGACAAAGACAUGAAUAUUUUGACUGAAUGUUGUCUCACACACUGUAUUUUGCACCACUACUACCUUGUAAAUAAAAGUGCAUAGUUGGUUUUUA